UUCAAGGCUAUAGAAGAGCUCAAGGUUCAUUCUCGAGGUUUAAUCACCGGAUGGGACAUUGGGAGGUGGCCUCUAUGGAUUGGACUUCAGCACCUGUCCCCUAGCUAUACCGAGAUUUCUCCGCCUUUCCGUCUGGUAAACUCUAGCUUAUUUGAACUUUAAAGUUGUAUGUGGACAGAUUUGGUUUGUCACAUUAGAAGUAACAGGUAAAUUAUCAUUUAGUUUCUCUGCAGCGGUUUCUUUUCUACUGUGCUGUUUUAUCUGAGAUAGUCAUGUUUAAUGGUUCAUUUGGAGGUGUUUUUUUGUCCCUAAUUAUCUGAGAGUGCUGUAUGGUCUUGGGGAUUUUUCAAACUCUUCAGAUAGUAAUUCGAAUUGAGAGCUUGUCUAAAAUCUUACUUAACUGGUGUCUGUUGACUUCUGUUUCAUCUUAAUACUGCGAGGAAUUGUCUUUUUUUCUUUAAAGUGAUUUGUUUCAAGGUUUCGGAAUCAGGUAAUUAAUAUGUGUUGAAUUAAGACUUCAUAUCAUGACAUUUAGUCGUCGUCUGGGGAUCAUAGAUACAGAUAAGAAGGAGCAUUAUCCUCUUUGUUCGGUUUCUGAAGAUAUCAAUAGCCUUUUUGUACUACUUUCUAAUUUUCAUACUAUAGUAAACUUACAUUCGUCUAGAUGCUUUUAUUACACAGCUUUUCAUGCGUGUUUCUAGUUUGUUGCUCUCAUCUUAGGGAAGUAUUUGUUCUGUUUGGGAUGUCUUCAGGUUAAUUUACUUCUGUUUGCUUCUGUCCUCAGUUCUUGCUUUCAGAUUUCACUUUUAAUGUGGGUUAGACAUCCCGUAAUACACUACUAAUAAAUAGAUUAAAACUUACUGUAUUGUAUUUCCCUUCAUAAUUCGAACCGUGGUGGCUAUGUCGAAUUUGUGACUUGUGUCAGAUUACUGGCAGUACUAUUGGUUUAGUUUUUUGAAUUAAUUAUCAGAUUAUAACUCAGUAUGUUCCUCUCUUGUUUGUUAGUGCAUGAUAAUCGGCUUUGUUAUAAUUAAUUUGUUGUUUUCCGUGAAGUCCCUGUCACUAUUCCUUGAAUUAAAAAAAAUUUGUGUGACUAGUAUUUCUCUUAUUUAGGUGAACGUAGCAGUAAAUCCCAUAAAAAUAACUAUUUCGUUUGUUCCCAGUUAAGUUUUCUAUACCUACUGCAAAAGUUAGAAUGAUGUUCCAAAUGCUGGACCAUGUUUCAUUUUUUACUUGUUAGGUGUUUUUAUUGGUUACAUGUAAUAGUGUCAGGUAGUUCUCCAUAUAAGCCUAGUGGGUUAUCAGCUUCGUGAAAUUUCAUGUUUACUGUUCACUAGUCUUCGAAGAAAGUUUAUUUGUCUACUGAAUUUUUUGUGAUGUUUUUGCAAGCAUUAUCGGUCGUCACUUUGAAUGCGGAAGCCUUAGCAGUAGAUAAUAUUGAAGCCAAAACCUUGUGCAGAGGCCAUAAUGCUUACAGUCUCUUUCGUUUUUUGGACCUGAUUUUAUAGUAAACACGCUAUUCGUCUAUAUUUCCAAUCGAUUUGUGAUUCAUAAGCUUCUAAACUCUAAUUACCACGCUUCAACAUUUAUACUAAUUGUUAAAUUUUAACAUAUGCAGGAAAUAAAUUAUGCGUUUCAAUAAGUAUAUCUGUGCGUAAAUCAAAUUGUCACAAAGAAGAUUUUCCCCGCCGAAAUAUUUCUUUUAAAGUUUGAGUGCUUUACAAUAUGAGCUCUAUACUUCAUUGUGUACAUUUAUUUACACUGUUACUUUUACUAAAUAGUGACAUAUAUUCAUCAUAAAAUGAAUGUCUACUUAACUCGUGUAAGAAUGAUUAGAAUAUCGUGUUCUCAUUAUUUUUGUUCACUCUGACUUCAGUCGUCAGGAAAGAAAUGUAGUUUCGUCUGAGCUGAAUGGUUUAAUUUUUUAACUGUCUCUCUUCAUCGAGGCAACAUUUUCCAACACUAACAACUCAACCGUCUAACAGCUAAGAGGAUGCAACAAUACCAAAGGCGUUCACCCAAGCUGCAAAUAUUGCUAUCCAUCAUUUAACUAUAUAAUAAUAAUAAUAACAACUAUUGAGGCCAAAAUGUUUAUGCAAUAUACAGAAUUAUCAGCGUUAUUUAUUGCAUAAUAUUUUUCUCUUCUCAUCCUGGAUCUUCAAGUGGAGUAGCAGUACUGUUCGAUCUAAUCGCAUAUAAUAUUUUCCCAUCGUCGCAGCGGUAGGUUAAAAGCCAAUUGAAAAUGUGUUCGGGACCCAAAGACAUAAUUAUAAAUGAUUAAAAUAAUGGGAAAUAGAGAGGUCAAUGCAUCGUGUUAGAUGGAUUUUUAGGGUGGUAGUCCAGUGAUUCAAGCAGGCCAGACCACCAUUUCAUUGUCAACUAUCUCAGUAAUUCUGUUGUCACAUAAAAAUGUCUUUUGUAAUGCUUUAAAAAAACUAAAUCACAUUAACACAACAUUCUUGUUUUUUUUCCUUUACUUCUUUUUCAGAUAGAAAAUACAAACAGAUUUUCGAUACUCUUCACAUAAAAAUUUAAUUGUGAUUAAUUUCAAUUCACAAGUUCAUCUAAAGUUUAACAAAAAAACUUUAAUAAAUGAUAUCAUUAUACUACUAUAUUUUGAGAAAAUUCUGAAUGAAUCCAUCUAGUAAUAUCAGUAUUAAUAGUAUUAGUAAUAAUAAUACUACCACUACUACUAAUACGACUACUACUACUACAACCACUAAUAAUAAUAAUAAUAAUGAUAAUUCAGUUAAUAUUUAUCAUGAACGUCAGUCAAAAAUGUUUUGUGCACUACAUGCCUUAAAUAAUGUAUUUCAAGAUAAAAUAUUUUCAAAGAAUUGUUUAGAUAGAAUAGCUGAUAAUUUAAAUACUAAUUCAUUUAUCAAUCCGCAUAGAAAUAUCUUUGGCUUAGGUAAUUAUGAUGCAAAUGUCUUAGUUAUUGCUUUACAACAAUGCGGUUAUGACAUUGUCUGGUGUGAUAAGCGUAAAACAAUUGCUGGGCAUAAAUUAAAUUUUGAUAAUAUUUUUGGUUACAUAUUAAAUACAUUUUCUAAUCGACGAAUAUUCAAUUUAACACUACCAUUGGCUGGAAGUCAUUGGAUUGCUUUACGCAAAUUAAAGUAUAACAAUGAGUAUGUUUAUUUUAAUUUAGAUUCUAAAUUAUGUCAACCAGUUGUAGUUGCAUCAACUGAUGAUGAAUUUGUUGAUUAUAUUGAAGGACGUCUUAGAGAAUAUCCAGAGACACAGUUAUUAUUUGUUGUAUCUAACGAUGUACUUCAACAACGUUCUUGGACGUAUAAUAAACAGUAGGACAAUAUAGUGUGUUGUAUUGUUAUAACAUGUACAGUGAUGUGUAUUAUUAUUUAUUUAUUUAAUAAAAAUUCAAAUGGUGA